AUGUUGGAACAGGUCGAGGUUGCAGUACUCCCCGGUAAAACGGAGAUGGCAUUCGUGACCCGAAUAGCAGCCAGCCCUAAUGGUCGCGAGCUGGCGGUCGGCUACGAAAAUGGGGUCAUAGCCAUUUAUGACCUCUAUAAAAAACGAGCGGUUUGCGAAUUUGCUGCUCACAAAUGUGCUGUGACGUGCAUGCAGUACGAUGGCGAAGGUGACUUCCUGGUGUCUGGUUCUAAGGACACCGAGGUCGUCGUAUGGGACGUUGUCGCGAACACCUGUAAGGCUCGCUUCAACGGCCACAGAGGAGCUAUCACCAAUGUGCUCUUUACGAAUGGGAGCAAUUGUGUGAUCAGCACUUCCAAAGACACAUUCGUGAAGUUUUGGGACGUUGCGACUAACCAGUGUCUCAAGACUUUGGGCGGUGAUCCAAACGACCAGGUAUCGUCUGCAGUAUUGUGCAGGGAUAGUCGAUAUCUGGUGACGGGCAACGAGUACAAGGAGAUCAAGGUCUACGAGCUGAAGUGGACAGCAGCUGAUGCCGCUAACACUGAGGUGGUGCUACAGUGUCACCUCAUCUACAGCGACACGUUGGAAAUUAAUAAAACGGGGGAAACUGGCGGCGGACUACAUAGUAGAAGCGCCGACAGAGCGGCAGUCGUCGACGACGGCAUCGGUAGACCAUCUGACUUCAUUAAAAAUGGACGCCAAGGUGGUGUCUACCUCUCUCCUUCAGUUCGCUGA